AUGUCUACCUUAACACACAUUGGCUCUGCCACCAAAGAAACAAUUAGAAAAUUCCGUACAUCGACAUCGAGAACUGAAGUUAUAAAAGCUUUGUCCAUUAAAAUUGCCUCUAAACCAUCUUAUGAAAUUGUCAUUGAAGAAGAAGAAACCGAAGAACUAGAUGAAAUUGAUUCAUUAAACGAAUUAGCAGAUAUUUUACCGGACAAUUCGCCAAGAUAUGUUUUAAUGGCUUACCCAUUGACAACAAGAGAAGGAAUCAAACAAGCACCAUUAAUUCUAUUAUUUUGGAAACCACCAACUGUUGUUUCUCAAGAAUGGAAAAUGUUAUAUGCCAAUUCUCUUGAAUUAAUAAGGCAUGAAUGUGGUAUUAACAAAUUGAUUGAAGUCACAAAUGGUUUAGAAGAUGAAGAUCAAGUCGAGGAGUUGAUAGAAGAAAUAGAAAAGUAG